UAGGAGUUGGCGGUUACAGAAAGUUCAGGGUGACGACCCCGAGAGAAGAACCCGCAAGGGAACGCCUCCAAGGGAAAGUCCCAGAGGCGAGCGGCCGGCGCGGAGCCCGACCUGCCACGCAGUGACCUGGGGCGCGCGGACGGAGCCCACUGAUCCCGGGCCGGGUCCUGGGGUGCGGUGCUGCGGCUGGGGAUGGGAUCCCCGCCACCCGCCCGUAAGGGCUUUUACCGCCAGGAGGUGACCAAAACGGCCUGGGAGGUGCGCGCCGUGUACCAGGACCUGCAGCCAGUUGGCUCUGGUGCCUAUGGUGCAGUGUGCUCUGCGGUAGACAGCCGCACUGGCAGCAAGGUGGCAAUCAAGAAGUUGUACCGGCCCUUCCAGUCGGAGCUGUUUGCCAAGCGCGCCUACAGAGAGCUGCGCCUCCUCAAACACAUGCGCCACGAGAACGUCAUCGGACUGCUGGAUGUGUUCACUCCUGAUGAGACUCUGGAUGACUUCACAGACUUCUACCUGGUGAUGCCAUUCAUGGGCACUGAUCUGGGCAAGCUCAUGAAGCACGAGACUCUGAGUGAAGACAGAAUCCAGUUUCUUGUGUAUCAGAUGCUGAAGGGGCUGAAGUACAUCCAUGCUGCUGGUGUCAUCCACAGAGACUUGAAGCCUGGCAACCUUGCUGUGAAUGAGGACUGUGAGCUGAAGAUCUUAGACUUCGGCCUUGCCAGACAGGCAGACAGUGAGAUGACCGGAUAUGUGGUGACUCGGUGGUACCGGGCACCAGAGGUCAUCUUGAAUUGGAUGCGCUACACACAGACAGUGGACAUUUGGUCUGUUGGCUGCAUCAUGGCGGAGAUGAUUACUGGAAAGAUUCUGUUCAAAGGCAAUGACCACCUGGACCAGCUGAAGGAGAUUAUGAAGGUCACAGGGACGCCCCCUCCUGAGUUUGUACAGAAGUUACAGAGUGCUGAGGCCAAAGACUACAUGGAAGGCCUCCCUGAGCUGGAAAAGAAAGAUUUUGCCUCCAUCCUGACCAACGCAAGCCCUCAGGCUGUGAGCCUCCUGGAGAAGAUGCUGGUGCUAGAUGCAGAACAGCGGGUGACAGCAGCUGAGGCGUUAGCCCACCCAUACUUUGAGUCCCUUCGGGACACUGAGGAUGAGCCCAAGGUCCAGAAAUACGAUGACUCCUUUGAUGACGUAGACCGCACCCUUGAAGAGUGGAAGCGUGUUACUUACAAGGAAGUGCUCAGCUUCAAGCCUCCCAGGCAGCUAGGAGCCAGAGUUCCAAAGGAGACAGCUCUAUGA